UCAUUUGGUAACAGUCCACUUUUAAGUAAUUGCCAAAAAUCUCAACACCCAGAUUUUUGAACAUUUGGUCCUUCGGGCCGGAUGAUUGAGUUGGAAUAAUCAUUCAUUCAUAUCACAUUCAUCUCAAAAAGGUCAUGUCUCAAAAGUCGGGAAGAUCUUCUCCAUCUCCAAAAGAGGAUGACGCUCAACUCCAGGUCCCUCCUACUCGAUCAUCCAGAUCUUCCACAUCUUCGCAGCCUGAUGUGGGACCUCAAACUCGCUCGGCUGGUCUUCCCACCAACCUCAAAUUGAAAGUCGCUACUCAACUGAGUAGACUACAACUCAUGAAGGACAUCUUCUCCAAGCUGUCCAACAUCUCAACAUGGACUGUGCAAGACCUGUCACACACUCAAGAACAGCUGCAAGACCUUCAUAAGAACUUCUCAAAGACCCACUCGUAUUUUGAGUCAGCGUGGCCUGAGUCUUGUCUCGACCACGAAUACUUCGCAUCCUCAGUCUUCUUCGAGGAAUACUCUCUAUACCAAUCAGCCAUCUCGAAAUUAAUACAACUCAAUAUGUCACUCAAUCCUGUGGAUUCACAGCCAUCCACUUCUGCUCAAGCCCCUCAGUCUUCUCAAACUCGUCCUCGAUUGCCUGACAUCUCAAUUCCCACCUUCUCAGGCGACUUCUCAAAAUGGCCUGCAUUCCGAGACCUUUUUCAAUCACUCGUGAUCAAUAGCACCUCAAUUUCUGACAUUGAAAGGUUACAUUACCUUCGCACAUGUCUCUCUCACGAACCUCUCGACGCCAUCUCUAGUCUUCCCUUAACGGAAGUCUCUUUUCCCAUAGCUUGGAAGAAGCUUAUGGAUAAAUAUGAAAAUAAAAGGCUGCUCCUCUCUUCUCAAUACUCAAAACUUCUCUCCUUCUCAUUGGCGAAUCAGAAAAAUUCUACCGCCUCAUCUCUUCGUCAAUUUAUUGACAGCAUCGUCAAUCCUCUCCAAAGUUUGAAAGCUCUAGGUGAAGAUCUAGAGCAGAAUAACAAUCUCUUGGUGUUCCAUAUCAUCAAUCGUAUGGAUCACGCCUCUCGCACUCAUUGGGAAACUCUCAUCUCCUCUAAUAACGAAUUUCCCUCCUUCGCUCAGUUGAUGGAGUUCCUCCAAUCUCGCUCCAGAGCUCUAGAAUGGACUGAGUCCAAUCAGAGACAGUCACCUCAAGAAUCCUCUCGCUCUCGCACAACAGUGCACACAAUUUCUCAAAAGGCUACAGCUCAAACUAAACCUUCUCCAUCACUCAUCUCAAGCAAAUCGGCCUCCUCGAACACUCCAAUCUCGAAAGUCUCUUCUAUGCCGGGCUACACCUGUGAUGAUUGUGGACGCGACCACUUCGUUGCAGAUUGCCCUCGCUUCUCCAAGCGCUCACCUCAGGAAAAAGCUGAUGUGGUGUUACUCCGCAUCCUCUGCUCUAACUGCCUCGGUAGACAUCAUCGGCACUCUUGCAGAACGACAAAGAUCUGCAAAAUCUGUGGAAGUCGUCAUCACACUCUUCUACAUGAUGCUCCUCUCAGCAGUAAACCACACUGCAAAGUUCCACCGGUACCCCCUCGAGUGCUUCCACAAUACGCUCUCACAUCUCAAAAAUCUGCUCAAAGGGAGCUACCUCAACCACGACUCAACACUCUCCUCGCCACUGCCAUCGCCCAUCUCAUCACCUCAACAGGAUCACACACGGUUCGACUACUCAUCGACAGUGGAUCCGAGCUGACCUUCAUCUCUCAAGAUCUAGCCAGAAAACUCAACAUCUCUAGAAGGAAGUCGCAUGUUGUAAUUGUGGGAAUUCAUGGAAAGACUUCUAAGACACAGGGAUCUCUUGCCCUCACUCUCAAGUCGACGUAUGACCAUCAAACCAUAAAUAUUGAUGCUCACAUUCUUUCAUCAUCUUUCUCUAAUUUGCCUUCCUUCUAUACAUGUUUUCAGCAAUCUCUACAUCUCCAGCAUCUCAAGUUAGCUGAUCCAGAAUACCACAUCUCAAGAGCCAUCGACAUCAUUUUGGGUGCUGAUGUAUAUGGCUCAGUUGUUCUUCCUCAGAUGAAAAACGGCCCUCCAUCAUCUCCAAUCGCGCAACUCUCAAUCUUCGGCUGGCUAAUCCUAGGCCCUGUGUGUCAAGAACAGGAAGGCCUUCCAAUCCAAUCUCCAAUCUUUCAUACCAUCUCACAACAGUCACAUACGGAACUAGAUCAGCUCCAUUUUUGGCAAUCAGAGUUCUUCUCCAACUUCUCAAAGAUGAGGGUCACAACUUUCCACUAGCCAUUCCUCCAUUAACGAAAGGUCGUUAUGUCGAUGAUAUUUGUGGUGGAGCAGAUACUGAGCAUCAACUUCUCGAAAUUGCCAAACAACUCCAGAACCUUUGCAUGGCGGCCGGCCUUCCGCUAGCAAAAUGGCAGUCAACCGUCUCAAGCCUCUCUCACGUCGUUCAAGAGGAAGAAUCAACACCCACUCCAAUCUCAUUCGACGAAGGUUCUCACUCAACUAAAGUGUUAGGUCUAAUCUGGUACCCUCAAGAAGACUAUUUCACUUUUAAAGUCAGCUCCAAUCUAUCUGGGUCUUUGAUCUCCAAGCGAUCAGUUCUAUCUCAUAUUGCAAAAAUAUUUGAUCCACUCGGUUUAGUCUCCCCUGUUACGAUUAGGGCUAAAAUGUUGUUGCAGGAAUUAUGGCUCCAAAAGUUAUCAUGGGACGAACCUCUACCUCAACUACUCCAACAGAAAUGGUACGACAUCAGUGAAGAUCUCUCCAAGCUGGCCAGCAUCACAAUUCCAAGAUGGAUUAACACUCAAGAGGGUUCUUUCAUACAACUCCACGGCUUCUCUGAUGCAUCUCAACUCGCCAUUUCAGCCGUUCUCUACCUUCUCGUUCGAACUCCGUCCAAGGAAUGCAAAGUUACAAUGCUUUGCUCCAAAACCAAAGUAUCGCCUUUAAAACCAC